AUGCGAAACUUUCUAUGGAAGGGUCAAGCUGAUGGUAGAGGCCUGAAUCUAGUUAACUGGAAAGUGUUGAUCACCCCUAAGAAGUUUGGAGGUCUGAGAAUUAGAGAUCCUUUUUGUGCCAAUAUUGCUCUUCUUGAAAAACUAGUUUGGCAACUUUUUCACCAUCCCGAUAAGUUUUGGGUUCAACUGUUGACGGAGAAAUACCAUUCUUCUAAGGAUGAUUGUCUUAGUCGGUCUCGAGAAAGGGAUCUUAUGUUUGGAAGAUCUCUGCAGAGCAACAUUAACUCUUACAACCCAGAUAUUCAAGCUGGUUCAGACGUCGGUUGGUGUUGGACUGGUGCGGCUUCAAAGGUUUAUGAUGCUCAUAGUGGUUAUUUGUGGCUCAAUAAGAAGAUGUUUAGUUGGGAGGAUAGGGGUAAUUGGCUUUGGCGUCAACAUGUUCCGGAAAAGCACAAAUUUUUGGUCUGGCUUUGUCUUCGGGAGGCUCUUCCUACUGCUGCAUUUCGUUUUAGGAGGGGCAUUUUGCACACGGAUAGCUGUCCACAAUGUUUUUCAGGUCAGGAAUCGGUAUUACAUUGUAUUCGGGAUUGUCCAAAAGCCCAACUUGUUUGGCAAGCUUUAGGGAUCUCCGAUCAACCAGUGGAUUUGAUGAGUUGGUUCUUACAUAAUAGCAAACAGCGCCCCUUUAGAUUCUUUUCUGGUCUCUGGUGGAUUUGGUGUUCGAGGAAUAACGAGAUCUUUCAUCCUCACGAGCAUUGGACCACAGACAAGGUGAUUGGUAUGACUUUGUCCUUGGAAAAGGAGCUCCGAAAUAUUUUUGAGUUGCAACGACUGUCUAUCCCCUCAACCAUUAGUGGCUCUUGGAUUCCCCCCUCAGUGGGUACCUUUAAGAUUAAUUGUGAUGCUAGCUAUCUUGGUAAUGGUGCUCGAGUUGGUUUUGCUUGUGUUAGCAGAGAUUGGAAGGGAAGGUGGCAACGAGGCUGUCUGGGAGCAAUUGAGAGUCGUAGCAUUUUGCAAGGAGAGUUGUUUGCUAUUUGGAGAGGCUUUCUUUUAACAUGGGACUCGGGAAAAAGAGACAUUAUAUGUGAGACAGAUUGUGUGGAGGCUUUUACUAUUGUCAAUAAUUUACAAGAUUGCUCUGGGUUUAUUGAUCCUUUGGUGUUAAAAAUCCGAGAUAUCAUGUCUUGGAAAUAG